AUGGGCAAAUUCUGCUGCAAGCGGAGAACAACGGCAAGCUCCGAAAAUCUCAUCUUUCUUCUACAUUACCAUUUGCAGAGUUGUGUGAAAGUACGUGCGCGUGCACAUUCGAAAGACUACGGAUUCCUCCGGCAGUUACUCGAUUCUUCAUCGAUGGGUGGGCAUCAUCGUGAGCAGAGUGAUUCUCACGUCCCGCUGAGGCAGUGUGUCGAGUUUCACCGCUGUGUGCCAAGCGAUAGCCGCGGACAAAUUCGAAUACCUGUGGAAGCUGGAGCAACAUCAAAUGAUAUCGAAUUAGCAAUAGCCAAUGGAACGAUCAAUUCCACUUCAAGCGACUUGCCCAUCAAUCACAUCGACUGCUUUGCAGGACAGCGCCAGCGAAGGGUUUGUUUUGACUGGUUUUUAGUUCGGUUGUUGGCAGAAAUGGGCACAGAAAGGCUGCAAAGCAGUGAUAAGGCGGUCGGGGUAGAGGUAGAAGCUGAGUCGAGGAGUUGUUGA